AAUUAACUUGCCAAUCAUCUACUAUAAAUGUACAAAUCAUUCUUUCUUCCAAAACUAUCCUAUAACAAAACUGCUACCAAAUUCGUAAAUUUGAUAAACAAUGGCUUUCAAUUUUUCCAGAGCAGCAUCUCUUGCAAUCCUUCUUAAUCUAUUAUUUUUCACUUGCGUUUCAUCUCACAAUGUACCAAAAUGCCCUCCUCCUCCAUCCAAACCUUCAACCGUCCCGAAACCACCGGGCAAAUGCCCUAAAGAUACCCUAAAGUUUGGGGUAUGUGGAAGCUGGUUAGGGCUGGUGCAUGAGGUCAUUGGGACUAAACCAAGCAAGGAAUGUUGUACACUUAUAAAGGGUCUCGCCGAUCUCGAAGCUGCAUUGUGCUUGUGCACUGCGAUAAAGGCGAAUGUCCUCGGAGUUGUCAAAGUUGAAGUUCCGGUGGCUAUUAGUUUGCUUCUAAGUGCUUGUGGCAAGGAAGUUCCUCAAGGCUUCAAGUGUGCAUGAACCCUAUAUAUUUCUAUCUAUCACAUGCUCUUAUUUGUUAUGUAUCUCUUGCUUGAAUUUACAUUUUAGUUUUGGUGAAAUUACUUUUGGAAUUUAAGUUUUGCGUUUUUUUAUUAA